CUCGACCGCGGCCGUCCGACUCGCACCCCGGCCCAGGGCGCGCGCGCGCAGUGACGGCGAGCAUGGAGGUCGGCACUCUGGCGAGCACGGUCGUCAAUGGCCAUGCCCACCGCGCCUCGGUCGGCGUCGCCAGCCACCUCCCCGCGACGACGACGAGGGAUUCCGUCUCGUCGUCCGUCUCGCGCGCGCCCUCGCCGAGGAUGACGGCCCGCAAGACGGACCCGAUCCCGCACGCCGAGUCGUUCCAGCGCAUCCGCUUCUCGCCCGCCGCGUCGCCGAACCCGAGCCGCAGCUCGUCGCCCCUCCUCGGCGCGUCGUCCGGCGGCGGCUCGACGCCGCUCUUGCGCGCCUCCACCUCGUCGACGACGACGUCGUCCUCAUGGCUCCUCCACCCGACGGCGGCCGUCCAGGCGCCCGACAUGGGCGCGCUCGCCCGGCGCGUCUCGAUGUCGCUCAACGAGUACGCCCACGCCGCCGCUCGCCCGUCGACCUACAUCCACUUUGUGCGGUCCCUGCACCCGUCCCUCCUCGCCCUGUUCGUCGUCGCCGUCACGGCCACCCUCUCCAACAAGUCGCUCCUCCUCGGCUUCUUCCACGGCCUCACCUACUCGCUCACGAGCUGGCAAAUGCUCUGCGCGACCGGCGGCACCGUCCUCGCCCAGCGCAUGGGCGCCUACCGCCCGCAACGCAUCGCCACCAAGCACAACCGCGAGCUGCACGUCAUCGCGUUCGUCUCGUCGUGCGAGAUCCUGUGCUCGGCCCUCGCCCUGCGCCUCAUCCCGGUUCCCUUCCACGUCUCGCUCCGAGCGGCGUCGCCCAUCCUCACCCUCGUCCUGUCGGUCGCCUUCUUGCACGAGCGCGCCACCUUGCGCUCGGCGUCGGCCCUUCUCGCCGUCCUCCUCGGCGUCGGCCUCACGUCGCACAACGAGGACUACCUGUCGCUCGGGUCCCUCCUCCUCAUCGCGUCGGCCGUCCUCCUCAGCGCCAAAUCCCUCCUCCUCACCUACUACCUCCAGGCGCGCCUCAACCUCCACCCGCUCGACUGCCUCGCCCGCAUGUCGCCCCUGUCGGCCGUCCACUGCCUCGUCUUUGCCCUCGCCAACGGCGAGCCGAGGCGCCUGUGGCGCUUUGUCCAGGGCCAGGAGUUCACGCGCGCGCACGUCGCCCAGGUCGCGCUCAACGGCGUCCUGAGCUUUGCCGCCGUCGCGCUCGCCCUCGUCGCCGAGAAGAAGACGCGUGCUCCCGCCAUGGCCAUCACGACCCACGCCGCUCAGGCCACCACCAUCCUCUCGUCGGUUCUCCUCUUUGGCCUGCGUCUCUCGCCGCUCAACUUUGUCGGCGUCGCCGUCACGCUCGGCGGCGGCGUGCUCUACGCGCUGUGGGACGCGCGCGACAAGGAGCGCGACGCCUGGCUGCACUACGCGGCGGGCGGUCAGGUUGGGGGAGGGGGGUUCGGGCUCGGGCUCGGGUUCGACGGCGGAGGAGGAGGAGGAGCGAGGGAUCGCGACGGCGAGGGUUUGCCGACGAGGGCGCCUUUACUGCCGCCGCCGCCGCCACUCUCGGUGCAGAAGCCGGACUGAGCAUGCCGGGCUCGGCCUCUCGUCGAGGAGGACGUCUCGAGGAGCGCAUCAUAGAGCUACGGUCUGUCUUUGUCGUAGCAGGAGAUGGAGGAAUGCAGGCGUGCACUCCUCUCAACGGCGCGAGCGAUGCGGUCG